AUGGGCGACGAGCGAUUACCCAAACGACUCUUCUACGGAGACGUCACGACGGGUUCUCGCCGUCAAGGAGGCCAGAUUCGCCGUUACAAGGAUACCCUAAAGUCCUCCCUGAAAUGCCUGCAAAUCAACCCCAACAACUGGGAGGAGCUCGCACUCGAUCAACCGACCUGGAGGAGGACAGUGAAGACAGGCGCUGCGAUCUACGAAGCCAACCGCAUCGCUGCCGUUAAAGCGAAACGUGAAGCCCGCAAAUCACAACCUCGCCCAGCAAGCAACGCCGCCGCACAACCACUUCCAACGUGUCCUCGAUGUCAACGGACAUUCCGGGCUCGAAUCGGACUUGUUGGACAUCUUCGGAUUAACUGCGCCUCUCGCACGGCGCCAACCAUCGUCCCCCCGCCUGCCUCUUCCUCCUCCUCCUCUCCGCCGCCAACUAACCCUGACAGUUCUUCUGACCCACCAGUUCCAUCAUCAUCAUCAUCAUCAUCAUCAUCAUCAUCAUCAUCAUCAUCAUCAUCAUCAUCAUCAUCAUCAUCAUCAUCAUCAUCAUCAUCAUCAUCAUACUCCACCACCUCCUCCUCCUCCACGCUCACUGCUCCAACGGCGAUUGCUCAGGAGACUGUCCCGCGCACAGCAACCGACACAACCACCACCUCUCCCGACUCCAGGGAUGAGGAUCAGGACUACACCUGCCCUCACUGCGACUGUACCUUCACCUCACACAUCGGCCUGGUCGGUCACUUGCGAAUCCAUCGCACAGAGACUGGCGAACCAGUGCCUGGAGCACCAACCUACACCCACCAAGCUCGUCUCAACUGCCCACACUGCCCUCGCACUUUCAGGCAUCGCAUGGGCCUAUUCGGCCGCAUGCGCAUCCACGAGAGCGGCCUUGACCGCACUCCCUACACACCCACCACAUCCACCGUGCACACCCCCACCCUCGUUCCAUCCGUCCGCGCCACCACCACCGCCUCCUCUGUAGCUGACACUGACAACGCCGACUUCUCAUGCCCACACUGUCCACGCACAUUCACCUCACGCAUCGGCCUGGUCGGUCACUUGCGAAUCCAUAGCACAGAGACUGGCGAACCAGUGCCUGGAGCACCAACCUACACCCACCAAGCUCGUCUCAAAUGCCCACACUGCCCUCGCACUUUCACGCAUCGCAUGGGCCUAUUCGGCCGCAUGCGCAUCCACAACGACCUGCGGUAG